GUGUGAUAAGGCGAGCGAUAGUGUGUGUCUGGCUCUGUUCGGCAUCCGUGCGCAUUGCUACCCGCACGCGGAACGUGCGAAACGAUACGGACCGUGAACCGAACCGAACCGAACCGUACCGUACUGUAUCGUAUCGAAACCCACGAACCCACGAACGUAUAACGACACGAACGAAAAAGAACGGACGGUGCGUCGCUCCUGCUGGCCGCCUCGCUGUGCCGCGGCAACCUGAACCUUGACCCAGAUACACUAUAUCCGCGGGUUCACGGGUAUAUCCGCAGCGCUCUCGGUACACACGCAACGGUUCUUCUUCGUCAAUUCCGCAUCCUCAAAUAUAAUCACCCGUACCCACACUCUGGAUACUUGCCGUGCGCGGGGCCAGAUGCGCCCGUCGCCGGCCACGGCGACGGCGACAGCAACGGCGGCGGCGGUGGCGACGGCCUAGAAGCACGAUGGAUUGCGCCGGAACUUCAAGUAAUGGCGACAUACAGUGGUGUUUUUCGCAGGUGAAAGGAACAUUGGAAGACGAUGCCACAGAAGCCGAUAUAAUCUCAUGCGUAGAAUUUAACCACGAUGGAGAUCUCCUUGCGACAGGAGACAAAGGAGGAAGGGUUGUUAUUUUUCAAAGAGACCCCAUUAGUAAAAACAGUAUACCUCGGAGAGGUGAAUACAAUGUAUACAGCACCUUCCAGAGUCACGAACCUGAGUUCGAUUACCUGAAAUCCUUAGAGAUAGAAGAAAAAAUUAAUAAAAUUAGGUGGUUAAAGAGGAAAAAUCCUGCACACUUUCUACUUUCCACAAACGAUAAAACAAUCAAAUUGUGGAAGGUGAGCGAGCGGGAUAAAAGAGUAGAAGGAUAUAACACAAAGGAAGACAAUGGUACCAUCCGUGAUCCGGCAUGUAUCACUUCUUUAAGGGUACCAACCAUAAGACCAAUGGAGUUGAUGGUGGAAGCAUCACCAAGAAGAAUAUUUGCCAAUGCGCACACCUAUCAUAUAAACAGUAUAAGCGUUAACAGUGAUCAGGAGACAUACCUCAGUGCUGAUGACCUCAGAAUUAAUCUUUGGAAUCUUGAGGUUACAGACCAGAGUUAUAAUAUAGUAGACAUUAAGCCAACCAAUAUGGAGGAAUUAACAGAAGUUAUAACCGCUGCGGAGUUUCAUCCGGCGGAGUGUAAUAUUCUGGUAUACAGUAGUAGCAAAGGAACGAUUAGACUUUGUGACAUGAGAUCUGCUGCAUUAUGUGACCAACACAGUAAGCUGUUCGAGGAGCCAGAGGACCCAACUAAUAGAAGUUUUUUCUCAGAGAUAAUCUCGAGUAUAAGUGAUGUAAAACUUAGUAAUUCAGGAAGAUAUAUGAUCAGUAGAGACUACCUCAGUGUGAAAGUGUGGGACUUGCAAAUGGAAACGAAGCCUGUUGAAUGUUACCCUGUACAUGAAUACCUAAGAUCAAAAUUAUGUUCGUUGUACGAAAAUGAUUGUAUCUUCGACAAAUUCGAAUGUUGUUGGAGUGGUAACGAUUCCGCCAUCAUGACGGGUUCAUAUAACAAUUUCUUCAGAGUAUUCGAUCGUACAACUAAGCGCGAUCUUACGCUGGAAGCAGCACGUGACAUUGCCAGACCAAGAACACUUCUAAAACCGCGUAAGGUAUGUACCGGCGGAAAACGAAAGAAAGAUGAAAUUAGCGUCGACUGCCUGGAUUUUAAUAAGAAGAUAUUGCACACCGCAUGGCAUCCAUCUGAAAAUGUUGUAGCUGUUGCUGCUACGAACAACCUCUUCCUAUUCCAAGACAAACUCUAGCACAUCUGUAUGCAGAUUAUUCAACGGUAUAUAUUGACGUGAGCAAGACACGUUGAACUGAAGAAUACCAGUGGAACAACGAGUGUCUGAAUAAUGCUGACGAAAGUUGACUAUUAAUGCGUCAAUGGUUGACUGACCGAAGAGUGGUGUACGUAGCGCCGUCCACGCAGCUCGCAUAUUCAUACACACUAUGUAUACACGAACAUACAGAAUUGCACGUAACACCUUGUCGCGCGUAUAUGUGUAUAUAUAUAUAAAUGCAUGCAAGCAGAUGCAUAUGCAUAACUCUCCAGACUACUAAAAAGUCCGUUAGUUGAAAUAAAACUGCACGGUGGAACCAUUUUGCCCACAGAUAGAAGAAUGUACAGUUCACCAAUCAACAGACUCGUGUUGGCGGUUAUUAUUUCACGGUUUUUCAUAACGCAUCAGUAAUGAUAUUCUCUCAGUUCGCCUUGUUCGUAAAAAGUGAUUAUGCUAACGCGCGCGAACCAGGAUGCUUCUAACAUGUGCGAUCUGUUCUAUCAAUUGCAGAUCAUUUGUCUGUGAAAGAGAAGCAUGUUGCAGUCGGACAAACAAUGAAUAAGACCAGAGACACGUGCGUGUGGCAUACAAUGAAUUUACUUAAUUAAAUUAUUCGCAGGAACAUAGAACGCUUAACAAUCGAAGCAUUAAAAAGUAGUUUAUGGUCGUGUGUGCCAAUGAGAUUUAUCUAUAAAUUGUCGCAUAUUUUAUUCGGAAUUCAGUAUUGUUCUUUGUAAGGUUUGCGCGUGCUAAGGAAUGAGCGCAGCUAGAUAGUCGAAUCAGAAUUCAAAAUCGGAUUCUUCUCGAGCAAAAAGGAACUUCCUUCGUUUUUAGAGUAAAUACGUUUUAAUAUCUGUCUAAUUAACAAUGACGCUUGUUGCAUCGGGCAGUUACCAAUUAUAUGGAGAAAGCAAAGCUUUCGAUAUUCUGAAUUUAGUCUUUUUAAUUGUCAUUAUUUAGCGAAAGAGCCAGUGUUAAACGAAUAUAGGCCUACAUUCUCUCAUAUUUUUAUUUUCUGAAUAAAAGGAAUUUAAUCAAGUACAGUUUCCAUGGCAUGGUCAGUUGCGGACAUAUAAAAAGAUAUUUGCCGAUACGAGUCAUUUUUGGUCUAUUACCAAAAGCUCGUGGGAGGAGAACUAUACUGUCGAUAUAAAAUUGCAUACGAUUAGCAAUAAAACAGCACGAGUUGCGACGUCACGUUCGUCGAUCGACUCGCUUUCUAACGAGAAAUUUCCUCGGCCAGGAGAAUAUAAUAUACGAGAGCUGUGGUAAUUACUAGAAGGGAAUACAGAUUUUCUAAAUAUUUCUUAUCGAUAAAUUAUUAACACUUAUACACUUACACAUAUAAGCAGCGAUUUCGUACUCGAAAUAAAGGUAAAAGUUUCAAAAGAGAAAAAAAAGUGCAUUUGACGAUGGUGAGCUGGGCUUGCAGAGUUUAUGUAAAUUAAGUAUGCGCUGAGUAACAUGUAUAUUUAGCAAGAACGUAAUUUUAAAGAUCCGCGAAACCAGAUAGGGGCGAAAUUUCGAACCGUAACAAAUAAGAAUCGGAAACAUAAACGCGUGGGGAUCGUUGAUCGCCGAUCAAGCUGAACACGAUUGAGAUCUUUUUUUUUCUAUCGAUGCAAAAAACAGCUGACACACCUACACACAAAAGAACACUCGCGCGCGCGCGCGAACACAAACAAAUGAAUACAAGAUACCCUACAUCGGUGACUUAAAUUGUACAUGAUCGAGAAUUAGAAAUAACGAUUUUCACGUGUACAAAGAAGAAUUCUCAAGACAUAGGUUAACGAACGAUUUUUCGAGGUUUCCUACCGGUACAUAAACAAUCAUAUAGUUUUGUAAAAAACAGAAAAAAAGAAGAAUAUAUGGCCGCUAUUUUAAAAAAAGGAUUAUUGUAGAAGGCACGCUCGGACUCUCCGAUCGUCCGUCGAUUCCGUAUAAAUACUCCGAAAGAUCUGCUAUAUCGCCAAAAAAAAGAAGAAAAAAAAUAAUAAAACGUGACGUAAGGAAAUUCUGUUCUCUUUUCAAAGUUGAUGCGCUUCGAAUUAGUUUCCACCGUUCUAACGUUUAAGCGACAUUAUUAAGUUCUAAGCGUCGAUGAUUCGCGAUCAUCUUAGAAGAUGAUCCGUGUGCGUUGGAUUCGUCAGCCAACCAAGUUACAUCGUGUUACGUUUCUUGCAGUGCAGGCUUAGCAUGAAUUUUAUGCACCACUAUUAUAAACCACGCGACUAAGAGUUUAUUCUUGCAAGUCUUGGUCGCGGAGCUUCUGAAAACUCGAUUAGCAUAAACGCGUGUGAAAGAGAAAAAGGCUAAACGAUUGUAAAAGAAACCCGCUCUAUUAUAUCCCAAAUAUAAUGUUCACUGCAAUGCGUGAAACGUAAUGAUCGAGUACCAAGCCAAGACUUAUUACCCAAUUAUCUUUGUAACGGAACGUUCAAGCGAUUGUGUACUCAUGGAGAAAGAGGGAGGUGGAAAAGACACACGAAUAAAUCACGCAAAAUCAUAAUCGACAUUGCUGAAGCCGUAACACACAUUAUUCGUAGGAGGAUACAGACUGCACCGAAAACUGUGCUAUUGGGUCGAUACGUAUUUUAAUUACACUCAAGUUUUCAGCGUAAUUUCAUCUCGAGGAUAAACGUUCGAGCUUUCUUACGCUAAUUAUUCACUCCUUGACUGAACUCAAAGAAAAGAAACUUUUACAAAACUUUUACAAGGUACAUACAUUGGAAAAGUUCAUUUUCAAGAUAAAGUUGCGCUUAGAACGUAAGCAACAGGACUUAUGCAUCGACCUAAUACUUUCGAAAAUAUCUUUCUUCGGUUUGUAUUACAUACUCGAUGGAGUCUGCAGAAUUCGCACACGAGGCCGCGAAAAUUCGUUACGUGCUCGAGGAACAGUAGAUUUAUUUUUACGAAUAAGUAAACGAUUAAUAUUAUUAUCGUUAUUAUUAUUACUAUUAUUAAUAUUGAAACUAUGGAAUCUGUGUUAGUCUGUUUUGUUGACUGCCGCGUGCAGGUGUUUAGUUAUCGUAAAGUGGAAUUGAGAGAUGUUUCUUUUCGUACAUACAGUGGAUCGGAUUCGUGGAAAACCUAUGCCUCAGAGUGCAGUACGAUUCACGGAGCACCGACUACACUUUCGAAAUAGUUCAAAAGGCGUGCAACGAAGAACUAGGAACUCUGGAGAAGACUCGCGCGCGACCAAUUCCUCCGGACAAGACAUUAUUUUCUCUGACUGUUCGAAACGAAACGAAAAUGCCUUACGACACACCUCGUAUAUCAUCGCUGCAUUCGUGCAUCGGACAAUCCGAGUCGACGCGAGAAAGGAAACGAAACAGAUUAAGACUAACGCGAAAAGGUCAGAAAGAAAGAGAGAGAGAGAGCGAGAGAGAGAAAUGAGAGAAGCAACAGAAUCUUCUGGCAAGCAGGACCUGUCUCGUUGUGAUAAUAAACGUCAUUGUAUUACUAGCCGAAUGUCGGAGCUCUAUUUUUCUUAACGUGUACCACAUGUAUUAUUAGUCCAUACACACCAGCGUUUUUAUAGUGAGUACCGCUCUUUUUACCUAUUUCGCGUUAACCAAUCGAAAAUCCAACGAGAAUAAUGUCAAGGUUAUUGCAGGCUAUUCAAAUAACGAGUGAACUUUUGGAAAAUCGCGCUUGAUCGUUGGCUUUUCGUUUGUUAUUCGACGACUCAGGUAGAAAGAACAGUCGUGGUGUUCCCAACGUCGAUGUAAGAGUAAUCGUGCCAUAGUGCGUUACGGCGAACACUUUAAACCCUUUUUACUCUCCAUUUUACAUUGUACCUUGUAGCGUUUCAGCGAGAGAUCGGGGAUCGUUUCAUUCGCGAGACGAAGCUGCAACGAGAUGCUUUUACUUAGCAUCAAACAGGAGGAACGAAACCGUACGGAACGGAAGUAACGAGCACCGAAAGCCUUUAAACUUUAAACCCUUAUCUUUGAAUUUAACGGUUCCACUUGAUCAUGAUCGGAUGAUCGGAUGAUCGAUCAACAAAACGGACCGGGAGCUUCACCGCUUUCGGUUCCCGAGUCCGCGAGUCCGCCAGAAUCUUCGAGAUCGUCUCGGACUUAAUUUUGUAUCACGUAAUGUGCUUUUCAAGAGAGAUGUCAGUGCCGUGUGGAAACAAGGGGUAUCGGAGUUCGGAUCGGUUCGCCAGAGAUAGAUGACUGAAACUGGAAACGAACGGCAGGUGUAGGAUCAGCAAAAUGUGUUGUAGAUCGUUGUAGAUGGUCGUAGAUCGUCGGAACCGUCGAGGAGCCAAGGGGGAACGGAGACGAAGCGAAAGCAAACGGACUGGAAAAUUAAAAGACAUUUGUACUAUAACGUAGCGUUACGAUAAGUUGCGUUGUGUAAGCGCAUUAAGGAUUUAUUUCGAUGAUUAACAGAUACGCGAAUGAGCACUGUGCGCUGAGAUCCAAUAACGAGGUCGAUGGUAGCUAGUAAUGGACGAAUGGCAGUAUGAUUAUUCUGUACUCUGCACGUUUGUGUCGUUGCAUGCCCUUAAAGGGAUAAGGAAUAGGUAUACUUGUGGCAACGGUAUACUAUUCUUCAAGUAGAAUUUACAUUCUAUUUCUUCCCUUCAUUAAACUUUAAUUUUCGCGGACUUUCAUUUUUAGAAACGAACAGAAUUUGAACAGUUCGAACUGCCUGAGCUUAUUAUUUUAUGCAUUCGUAUACCGUUGUUUUCGAGUAUGAUUGUUUAAUUUAUUGUCUCGUAUUUGGGACGAAACGUUCCACGCGUUUGGAUGUUGGACUACAGGCGAACACGAUGUACGAUUUCAAUCUUCUGUUAUUAUGUACCUUUUGUAGAGAAAAUUUACCAAGAUAAGAUCGCGUACGCCUGGGGCAAUGACAUGCAUAGUUCGAAAGGUAACGUGUUUCCGGUUAGCUCCGAGAUCGAACGUAUGCUUCCAAAAUUUUGUUUCUACUAUUAUCUCCUAAUUCCCGUUCCAUUAUUUAUCUCGUGAUUGUAACGUUAUUACAAUUUUUACCGUUUCUUGUUUCUGCGAGCGAACGAUGAAGAGUACGUGAUACUAUUAACGAAUAAAACUAUGCAUUUGCAUAAUAAAAUUAA